CUCCCCUCUCCCGCAAUUGAUAUCGAUGUGUGAUUGACAAAUACAUGUGGAGUUUCUCUUCCCAUUUUGGCGAACCCCUACUCAAAAUACAUCUAACUGAUUGUUUGCAGGUUAUGUUCCCCAUUCAUAGACUGGUUUUGCGCCUAUUCACGGUAGAAUCUUCUGACCAGUUUUGUUAGGAGUCGCGAUACUUGCUCUAAACAUUAAAACGCAUCGCUUGCGGUAGGUUACGUUUUUUGGAAACAUAAGAAACGCAUCUUUCAUAUCAGCGAGGAAUAAUUUUUAAAAAACGAAUGGUUAAAUUACUACACACCUUUAUUGUGUUAGUGUUCCCACACCGCCAACAUCGCUUGUUUACUGAAGACAGAUGGAAGACAUUGGCGGCUAUAUUGCGAGCAACGAACAUCUGUGUAAGCGUAACAUGGGAGGAUGUCCAGCUUGUGGAUCUGUGCAAAACUAAGACAAAACAAAAUGAAUGUUGGUGUAGCCCACAGUGAGGUGAACCCCAACACUCGGGUCAUGAACAGUCGAGGGAUCUGGCUGACCUAUGCCCUCGGUGUUGGAAUGCUUCACAUUGUGCUCUUGAGCAUACCCUUCUUUGGUGUACCUGUGGUGUGGACUCUCACAAAUGUUAUACACAAUUUUGGGAUGUAUGUCUUCAUGCAUGCAGUGAAAGGCACUCCGUUUGAGACCCCAGACCAAGGCAAAGCCCGGCUCCUGACACAUUGGGAACAGUUGGACUACGGCGUGCAGUUCACAUCAUCCAGAAAAUUCUUCACUAUCUCCCCAAUCAUUUUAUAUUUUCUUGCCAGCUUCUACACAAAGUACGACACAACACACUUUGUCAUAAACACUGCUUCCCUUUUGAGCGUGCUGAUCCCCAAAUUGCCACAACUACAUGGAGUCCGAAUCUUUGGCAUCAACAAGUAUUAAUCUGAGUGUUAAGAGGGUCAGCGGUGUGUGACCAACUCUCAAAGGAGCUCUUGCCUCAUAGCAAGAUGAAUAGUUAACCCUAUGUACUCUGUACCACUGGAGUGUGUACUAAGCAGUUUUGUACAGUACGUGCAAUUAUCACUCAUUGUUUAGAUACGUCAGGUUAAACUAGUGGGAGAAUGAGCGAGAAUGCCAUGUGCAUUACUAACUUAAGUAAAUAUUUAAUGUUGUAUUUUUUUGAUCUGCAUAGACCUGGGCUGGCCCAGGGUUCAAACGUGGGCCUUUUUUUGUUCUGUUCUGUUUUUUUUGUUAUUUGCCCUCACUUCACACAGUGACAUGGACUGCGUUCCUUGUCACAAUGUAUUUUUCUGUUCUUAACCGGAAGCCUUAAAAAUACCAGAUGUAUUUUUAAAGAUUAUUUCUUCAUAAAAGUAGGGGCCUAUGGUUCAUUGUUUGACACACACUUAAGAAUGACACCCUUCUAAAAAUGAUUACUGGGAAAAAAGUGUGGCCUUAGAACCGUUGUGUAAAUUUUACACUAAAUCUGAAUGCGCCAUUUCUGAAGUCUGUGCACGCACAAAUAUUGAGAUUUAUAAACUUGGCACGUGCCAAUCAUACGCAUGUUUCCCCUUAGAAAUCAGACCUGUCGUAAAACUGCGUGCGUGAACAAGCAUUAUAACUCCGCCUGAAACGCCCCAUCGUUCACCUUUUAUGGUGACAAUAGCGCCCUUUCUUACUUUGGAAGUAUUGGAAUUAGGCCAAGACCAUAUCUGGAAAUGGCGAAUGUGAUCAAAUGUUUUUGGAGGUGUUGGAAGAAUGUUUUCUUUUGCAGUGACUGUUGUAGUGACUGUUGCGGUAGCCUAUCUGACUGUUUCUGGAAGACAAACAUUUGCUAAUUGUCGUGGACCUGUAAACAGAUUUGAAUUAAUUCAAUCAUGUUUGGGGGAAAAAGUAUAAAGUAAAAUGCCAAUCUAAAUAUGGUGCACUGCCCCCGAGUUCUGAAACUGACUCCUUGAAAUAGAAAUAAGCUAGUAGGCCUAAUUAGUGGUAGCUGACACACACUUCAAUGCAAAAUAUCAACCUGUCUGCUCACCUGUUUAAAUUCAGCUGUAUGUUAUAAACCACGCUCCCUUUCGGAUGAAUAGAGCAAAAAAACGUAAUUAUACUCGCCUAUAUUAAUAGGCCCAAUUAAAUGAGAUGCGCAUUGGUAAUUUGUUGUAUGGCUGCUUCAGGAAAAUGAACUCAUGGCCAGAAAAGGUGAGCAAUUUAAUUUGCAAUAGUUGUGUAUAAAUGCAAUGUUGGUCUCGGAAUUUGACAUUAGUGUUCAGACGUGUCUCACAAACGUCAACGGGAAGAGGUAAACCCUCUGCUCUUCCGUUAACCUGCACUUAAGAGCAGAUCACAGCAAAAUACUUAUCUAUUUACUACUGUGAAGUGGGUCCAAUUAAAUGAGAGAUGGGAUGAAUGGUAGCCUAUCCUAACUUGUAUGAAACCAUCAGUCAGAAAAGGUGAGGAAUUUAUUCUACAAUGGUCAUGUAAUUGAGGUAAAGAAUACAUCUAUUUCUAUAAUUAUUUUAGAUCAAAUAAAGGGAUUUUUGCUCCUCUCACUAAUGGUAAAUGAUUGCAUCUUAUUAUAUUUAGCUAGGCCUACCUGUUUUUUUGUGUG